CUUCGGUGGAAACUGAGCCAUUGUAACACAGUGCCUCGUUGUGUUCCUAAAUGGAAAGCACCCUCUAUAUAUAUAUGCGUAAUAUCUCUAUGCCUCUAGAUGUCAAUUCAAUUAAUUAUUUUUACCGUGAUUAAAUUCAAUUAAUUAUUUCCCGUGAUUAUAAACAUAAAAAAAUAAUACAGUACCGGACAUAAAUGGUGUUUAAUUUUUUGAAGGUUAUACAUGCAAUUUCCCUAUACUGUCCUAUAGAAAAUCACACAGCAUUUAUGUCCGGUACUGUACAAUUGCGCUUGAGUUUCGUAAAUGUGGAAAACACCCACAGUUAUCAUAACAUAAUGGUGAAACUGGCCUUAUGCGUAUUAUUUCUAUUCUGGUUGAUUUUAUAAAAGACAACUGAAAACAGUUAGGUGGUGGAACUCGAUCUAAUUUGAUUAUUUUUUUUUUAAAUUCGGUGUGUGGAGUGUAUUGUAUAUUUUCAAUAAAUUAUUCAAAUUUAAGCUUAAUAAAAAUGUCAUUUGAAGGAAAAUACAACACUAAAAGUCCUGCUGUAAAAAGGCUUAUGCGAGAAGCUCACGAAUUGGCAGAAGCAACAGAAGAAUAUCAUGCUUGUCCUUUAGAAGAUAAUCUUUUUGAGUGGCAUUUUACUGUUCGUGGCCCACCAUCAUCUGAAUUUGAUGGAGGCAUUUAUCAUGGACGGAUUAUUUUACCUCCUGAAUACCCUAUGAAACCUCCAAAUAUUGUUCUUCUUACACCAAAUGGCCGAUUUGAAAUUCAUAAAAAAAUUUGCUUGAGUAUAUCUGGCCAUCAUCCAGAAACUUGGCAACCAUCAUGGAGUAUUCGAACAGCAUUGUUAGCCUUGAUUGCAUUCAUGCCAACUCCUGGUAACGAUACAAUAGGUUCAUUAAAUUAUAGUGUUGAAGAGAGACAAAAACUUGCAAAAAAGUCUCAGAAAUGGGAAUGUGAAAUUUGCGGAAAAAUUAUAAAUUUGUUAAGAGAAGAUAAAUUCUUCAAUAGUAAAGAAACUGAUAAACCGAUCUUGAACUCUCCAAAUGCAUUCAAUGCAUCUAACGUAUCACGCUCAGUUAAUAUGGUACCAAGAUCUUCUACUAGCCACACUUUUAAUGAAAAUUCCAUACAACGAUUAGUUAAUUCACAACUUCUUGACAAUUAUACACAAGAAAAUACCUUGAAUCAACAAGAAAAUUCGCUUUCAUUAAACAAUAUAUCUGGAACUCUUCUUAUUAUAUUUUUAUUAUCAGUUAUAAGUUUGUUGAUACUUCGACGUUUAUUUUUUCUUUAGCCAAUGAGCACUCAACGUACUAUUAUACACAUCUAUGAUUGAAUAUGAAAUCAAUAAAUGAAGGAUUUUACAUGAAUGACCAAAUAAUAGAUUUAACAUAAUGAAAACUCAUAAUUUAUUGUGAAACAUAUUCUAUUUUAUAAUGUUUAUAAAUAUUUUUUAACAAUUAAAAGUUGUCUC